AUGGAUAGAAACAUGGACCUCUACUCUACUCCUUCACUACACAUCUCAAAUUGUGUUACUCUAAAGCUCACUGAGCAAAACUAUAUUAUCUGGAAAUCUCAGUUCGAAUCUUUUCUCCAAACUCAAGAUCUACUUGGCUUUGUUAAUGGCGCCCUCAAAUCACCGGAGAAGACUAUACCUAUUCGCAACAAAGAAGGGAAGGUUGAAGAUGUUCUCAAUCUGGACUUUGAGAGUUGGUCCAGGUCUGACCAAGUCGUUAAGGCAUGGCUGCUUGGCUCAAUGACUGAGAAUGUUCUUCGUCUAGUCGUUGGCGUUGCAACUGCUCAAGAGAUCUGGGAUACUUUAAUUUCUCACUUCAAUCGCACCUCUUCUUCCAGACUGUUCGAACUGCAACGUCACCUGCAAAACUCUGAAAAGUUGGACAAGAAUAUGUCUGACUAUCUUCGGAGCAUUAAAGACAUUUGCGAUCAGUUAGCUUCCAUUGGUGAUCCUGUUAGUGAGAAGAUGAAGAUUUUUGCUGCUUUAAGAGGCCUAAGUCGUGACUAUGAGCCAAUAAUCACUGUCAUCGAAGACUCAAUGGAUCGAAGUCCUCAACCAACUUAUGAAAAUGUGAUCUCCCGACUAACUGGUUAUGAGGAUCGACUCCAAGGCUACUCCAACUCGUCUGAUGUCACUCCACACCUUGCCUUUCACACCAUGCGGUCGUCCAACUUCUCAGGCAGAGGACGUGGUAGCAGAGGAAGAGGACGUGGAAACGGUUUCUCAACCAGAGGACGUGGCUUCCACCAACAGUUCUCAGGAUCUCCUCAGUUUUCAGUCUCUUCUCAGUUUCCAAGCUCUUCUCACGGUUCCACUAAACCUGAGUUACCAGUCUGUCAAAUCUGUAGCAAACGAGGACAUAAUGCUCUAGAUUAUUGGUACCGCUUUGAUGAAGAGUAUCAGAAACCGGAGGUUGCAGCUGCAGCUUUCUCUGCUCUUCAUAUCACCGAUGUAACUGACGAUGGUGCUUGGUAUCCAGAUUCCGGUGCAACAGCUCAUAUUACCAACACCACUCAACGUUUGCAGAAAGCUCAGCCUUACACCGGAACAGAUACAGUCAUGGCAGGUGAUGGUAAUUUUCUCCCUAUAACUCACAUCGGUUCAGCAAAUCUACCUUCUACUUCAGGUAAUCUCCCAUUAAAAGAUGUGUUGGUUUGUCCUGCAAUAGUGAAAUCUUUGCUUUCAGUUUCAAAAUUGACUAAGGACUAUCCUUGUGCAAUCACGUUUGAUUCUGAUGAUGUUCUUAUUAAGGACAAGCAAACAAGGCAUGUUCUGACAAAGGGAAAGGAAAAUGAUGGUCUUUACAAAUUGGAGGAUGGAAAGUUUAAGACGUUCUAA